AUGGCGGCGAGAGGGAGAGUAACAGUGAACGCCGACCUGGCAAAAGAAAGGAAAAAUGCCAACUUCGACGUCGAAACGUUGACAAACUUUAUCUAUGGAGGGGUUGCAGCGACCGAAAGGAGGCGAUAUCUGCAGGACGUGGCCAUCAAUGAUCCGGUACUGGAGAACAACAAAGCCUGGGCGUGUAUGUCUAGAGAGGAACAAUAUGAAACAGCGCUGAGGAAACACUUACACAUGGCGAAGCGUAUUGAGGAGAUGAAACUAACAGAAGAACGGGAUAUGUUCUAUUACACAGAAACUGGUGCUAACCACGAAAACAGUCCUAUAGGAGUACAUUCCAGUAUGUUCCUACCUACCCUCCGGAAACAGGGCACAGAGGACCAGAAAAGGCGAUAUCUUCCUCUUGCCGAAAAACUGGAGAUUAUUGGGACAUACGCACAGACAGAACUUGGCCAUGGGACUUUCAUCCGGGGAUUAGAAACAACUGCGACCUAUGACCCCAAGUCGCGAGAGUUUGUUCUUCAGUCUCCAACUCUGACGUCGAUGAAGUAUUGGCCAGGCCACUUGGGUAAAACCGUCAACUUCUGCAUCCUAAUGGCACAGCUUUAUACAAGCGGCAAAUGUUAUGGAAUGCAUACGUUUUUGGUACCUCUCCGGGAUCUUAACACGCACCAGAGCUUACCAGGAGUCGAACUUGGUGAUAUUGGUCCAAAGUUUGGGUAUGGUUCUAAUGAUAACGGAUAUCUCAUCCUCAACAAUGUCAGGAUACCAAGGGAAAACAUGCUGAUGAGAUACUCCAAGGUGCUUGAGGAUGGGACAUACGUGAAACCGCCAAACGCCAAGAUAUCGUAUGGAACAAUGACACUCAUCCGAGUGAGAAUAGUGGCUAAUGUAUCCCGUUGUCUCGCUCAGGCAUGCGUCAUCGCAGUCAGAUAUAGCGCUGUCCGGAGACAGACAGAAGUAUCCCCCGGAGGACCAGAGGCACAGAUUAUUGACUACCAAACACAACAACACAAGUUAUUUCCCGCGGUCGCCAUGGCGUACGCGUUCUACUUCACGGGAUCAGAAAUAUAUAGGAUCUACAACAGAAUUAACAGUAACGUGGAACAAGGCAAACUCGACCAGAUUGGUGACCUACACGGACUGACGGCCGGUCUGAAAGCAUUCUCCAGUUCCAACUGUUGCACCAGUAUAGAAGUGUGCCGACUAGCAUGUGGGGGGCAUGGCUACUCUCACGCCAGCGGUAUACCGAAAAUCUACGUGGAUGCGAUCCCAAACAGUACAUACGAGGGAGAGAACACAGUACUGUAUCUACAGACGGCAAGAUACCUACUGAAAUGUUUCACGAAAGUCCAGAUGGGAGAGAAACUACCUGGAUUUGUGUCUUACUUGGGAACUGACUUGACCGUCAAGUCAACCUUGAAAUCGGACGUAUCCCUUGAAAGUCUUGUCCUGGCCUACGAACAUCGUGCGGCGAGAAUGGUGAAAGCAGCCGCUACAAAUAUCCAAAGUCUUGUCAAGGAAGGAUUAUCACAGCAGCAAGCUUGGAACAAAACCACACAGCAAUUCGUGUGGGCAACUAUGGCACAUUGCCAUGCAUAUGUGGUAAAAACAUUUUCCACAAAGGUAAUUACUAGUAACCUUGAUGACGAGACAAGAAAGGUGAUGGUCGCCGUGUGCAAGUUGUACGCUGUCAAUGGCAUUUUGGAGAACCUUGGGGAUUUUAUCCAGGACGGCUUCUUGAGCAGUGGGCAGGUGGACACCGUAACCAGAAAGCUGACGUACCUAUUGGACGAAAUACGACCUAACGCUGUUGCCUUGGUGGAUGCCUUCGAUUACCCUGACAAGGCUUUGGACUCCUGCCUAGGACGUUACGAUGGUGACGUGUACCAGGCGCUAUAUGAUUAUGCAAAAGCGUCGCCACUUAAUAAGAAAGAUGUGCUGGACUCCUUUCACACAUAUCUGAGUCCCGUAAAAGGAAAAGUUGACAAGAGUUUCUCAGCAAAACUAUAA